GAGGAAAAGGAAGAGCAUACAACUGACCUUGAAAGAGAUGAUGACGGGAGUGAUGAUUUUGAAAUUCCAGUUUUGCCUUUUGGCUGUCAUUUAGUUAUUAAUAUAACAUCAACUUGGGGUGAUAGACAUUAUGUUGGACUUAAUGGGAUAGAAAUGUUCAGUUCAAGUGGAGAACCUGUACAAAUAGCACAAAUAAGAGCAGAUCCAGCAGAUAUUAACAUCUUACCUGCUUAUGGCAAAGAUCCAAGAGUUAUUUCAAAUUUGAUUGAUGGUGUAAACAGGACGCAAGAUGAUAUGCAUCUCUGGCUUGCACCUUUCACUCCAGGAAGGCCCCAUUUGAUCUAUAUUGACUUUGUAAAUUACUGUCACUUGGCCAUGAUUCGAAUUUGGAAUUACAACAAAUCGAGAAUACAUUCUUUCCGUGGUAUUAAAGAUGUUGAAAUCUUAUUGGAUGGGAAACUGAUCUUUCGAGGAGAAAUAGCCAAGGCAUCGGGAACUUUAAAUGGAGCUCUGGAACAGUUUGGAGAUACUAUACUUUUCACUACAGAUGACGAGAUUCUGGAUGCAAUGUCUCAAUACGAUGAAACGUUUGCAGCUAAUAUUGAUUAUACUCAACCGCUCACAUUUGAGGAAGAACUCAAUAGACCUAGUACUGCAGAUGGUGAAGGAGAUGAGAGGCCAUUCACACAGGCCGGCUUUAGAACAGAGGGUGAACGGGAGCAAGAACAAGCCCCAUUCCUGUUGGGUGGAACAGCCAGUCAGAUGCGAGGGGAGUACACUGGGAAAUGUAUACAGCUAAAUUUCACUGUUACUUGGGGAGACUGUCACUACCUUGGGUUGACUGGACUGGAAGUUGUAGGCAAAGAUGGUCAGGCACUACCUGUCACAAUGGAUGAUAUUGAAGCUUCACCGAGAGAUCUAAAUGAAUUGCCAGAGUAUAAUGAAGACAGUAGGACAUUAGACAAGCUAAUUGAUGGCAUUAACAUCACUUCGGAAGAUGAACACAUGUGGCUGAUUCCUUUCACCUAUGGAGAGAAUCACACCCUCACAAUCAAUUUCAAUAGACAACAGACUAUUAUUGGACUUCGCUUCUGGAACUAUAACAAGUCGCCAGAAGAUACUUACAGAGGGGCAAAAGUUGUCCAUGUUACCCUUGAUGGAUACUGCAUUUCACCACCAGAGGGCUUCCUCCUCCGAAAAGGGCCAGGCGUAUGCCAUUUUGACUUUGCUCAAGAAAUUCUCUUUGUAGAUUAUCUCCAGAGGACCAGCAAAGUAGCAGCAAAGCAGCAAACUGGGAACUGUCUUAGGAACGUGGAACAGGCUAGUAUGGAUUAUGAAUCUCCUUUGAUGCCAUGUGGCUUUAUUUUCCAGCUACAGUUGCUGACAAGCUGGGGAGAUCCUUACUACAUCGGUCUUAAUGGACUAGAAUUCUAUGGUGAUAAUGGAGAAAAAAUUCUUUUGACAGAGAAUAACAUUUCUGCUUUUCCAGAUAGUGUGAAUGUUUUAGAAAGUGUUUCGGGAGAUGUUCGAACGCCAGAAAAAUUAAUUGAUGGAAUAAAUGACACAAAUGACGGGAGACAUAUGUGGUUAACUCCAAUUCUUCCUGGUUUGGUAAAUCGGGUUUAUAUCAUUUUUGAUCAACCCAUUGCUGUAUCAAUGAUUAAACUCUGGAAUUAUUCGAAAACCCCUCAAAGAGGGGUCAAAGAAUUUGGGCUGCUUGUUGAUGAUUUAUUAGUCUACAAUGGAAUCCUAGAUAUUGUGUGUCAUGUGGCCCGUGGUAUCCUGCCAACUUGUGAACCUAUUAUCCCAUAUCAUACAAUCCUUUUCACCAGUGAUGAGAAGAUUACACAUAGAGAGAGACAUACUCUUAUAAGGUACAUCAAAUCAAGUAGAGUAUUUAUUGUUGCUAAAUAAGGUUACUCUGCCUCAUAUUUGUGGGAUAAUCGAAUAUAGUCCUGCUUUGCUGGAUAAUGGAGGAGAAGUAUUGGAAGAAAUUUGUGACUACAGAGUGCACAGUGGACAGGUAAGGGAAAUUUCAUUUGCCUGCCACUUCAACACACCCUCCUGUUCCCUGGCCAACAUCUCUGUCUCAGGCUUGCUGCAGUACU